GUUGGGUAAUUGCCAAAGAUGUUUGCCAAAGCCACCAGUAGCUUUGUGAAGCAGAUAGACUCCGAUGGAGAGCUGAUUCCUGUUGCUCGACUGAAUGACUCUGACAAGCUUCAGCCUCUGUGUCUGGUGAUUAAACGCAAGAGAUUCUGGUUCUGGCAGAAGCCAAAGUAUAUUUCAUCACCAUUCACCUUGAGCGAUGUGCUUACAGGAGACAAGCCUAUUAAACCUGUGGUGGUGGAGUCUGAUUUCCUGAAGUAUGAAGGCACAUUUGAGGAUCUCAUCGGAGGGAAUGUCAGAACUGAAGUUAGAAACCUCAACAUGGGCUUGGAAGGAAAAGGUUCCUCAAAACUACAGUCUUCAUUUGGAGAAUUAAGGAAGCAGGAAGUUGAUGUUCUUCAUCUCCUACAAGACUCUGAAGAAAGGAUGAUAAACAUGGACCACCCCUUUGUGCAGCAGACUCGUGAAAGGCCCAAGGAAGUGUUUGGUGUUCUUAAAGAAAAAAUCAUCACCACUCAGAAGUGCUUGAUUUCUGAGCAAGUUCAAGAAGGGCAGUUGGGCAGUGUGCAGUGGUUUAGAGCGAAACAGAUAAAGGUGUCAGUCCAAGAAAAUAGGAACAUUCAGAAGGACAGUAGUGUGGUCUUAGAAAUUCCACCAGAUACAGUCCUAGCGUACAGCAUUAUUGAGCUGAGUAUUAAAACUGAUGGACAGUAUGAGUUAAGUCUGCUACCUGACAAGCGUGGGGGCUUUGAAGCUGAAUCCAGGAAGAAAUCCUCCUCUCCUGAUCUCAUAUCAUUGCUGGAUGGGCCGAUUGAGCUCGACGGAGGGAGUGUUCGGAGGAAGCAUGCUGAAGAUGUCAGAAACAUCCCCAGUGAAGCACCACUCACUGUCCUGAAACAAGAUUUCGAAGAAUUUAAGACACAGUUUAAACCAUUUGCAGAAAUGCCUGAAGACCAACGAGCUGCACUGUUCAAGAUGGUGAAUAAAGUGUUGUAUGAUAAAGCAGUGGUUAUCGUUGUGGAGAAUGUGCUGGAGCAGCUCAACUCGGGUGAUAAGCCAGAUCUCUCAGAACUGGAGGAGUUAAACCCCUCUCAGAAAGCAUGUGCGACCGCGCUGCUGCAGGCUGUCGGAUACAGCUGUGAAGAGGAGAGCCAGCUGAUAGAGACGGACAGUCUUCACAGAGCUCCUUGUCUUCUCACUGCUACACACUUCCUCGUCAGUGCCAUGGAAGAAAUGUCCGAUAUUAGUCUUGUAGAACUUGGCAGCUGUUGUGACCUGCAAAUAAUACAAGCUUUGUGUUCUUUGUUAAGCAGCAUUACAGCAGAAGGCGAGUCUUCACUGGAGCCCUCUCUGAUUGAAGAGAAGAAAUUCCACAUAGCUGAGCACCUGUUUGCUUUAUCAAACAUUAAUCUGCAGAAGGAUCAGUCUGCAGUGAAAGCAACGACGAGAAAACAGCCUGGAUUCCUUCCUUUAAUCCUGUCUAUAGCUGUGAGUGGACUGGCCACACUGAGUGAAAGCCAUUAAUGUGUGUCUGGGACUAGCUGGGCUGUUAAUGAUUUUACAUACAUUUCUUACAAGGUGUAAAGGGGAAAAAAAGAACUCAAGAAGUGCAAUGUGUAAUGUGCAACAGUUACCGUUUUUAAACAGACUGACAACAUAGCAACACGUCUAAUCUCAGCAGAAAUGUGUUUUCUACUUUGGUAGAAGAAAAAUGUGUUUAAAUUGUGUAUUUGAUUAUUCUACUUCGUAUUUAAAAAAAAAAAAAAAAGUUUUAAAAGUAUUUUAAGCUAUAUUUUAUUUUUCAGCAUUGGACUUUAAUAAGUUAGAUAUGUUUAAGAGAUAACUGAUAGGCACCAUAAGUGUCUAAAGGGAUCUGCAGGCAGAUUUACGGAAGAUUUCCAUGGAAAUUUGUUGUGACUCCUGUGUUAGCGCAUGUUGUUUACUGUGCUGAGAAGUUGUUUUAUACCAGUAAUAACCAGCUGAUGGCGCCAAAUAGCUGUUUUUGUAAUGUGUAAAGGCUUUUAGGAAACCGUUCAGCAUUUUUCAUGUAAUGCUGCAAUUUGGAAUAUUGCUUCCUAUUUAAUUAUUUGUAGUUAUUUUGUACUAACAAGAUCAAAUGGAUCACUGGAGGCGGUGUAUAUCGAAUUCAGGUGCCCUGUUCACUCCGCAUGUACAGAGCGAUCUUUUUCCAGUCACUGCACAUGCUCUGCUGGUUUCAGUAGGCACUAUGGUAUGACGCAGCAGCUGCUAUUGAUCGGCAGCUCCUGUAAGAAACACGCAACAAACUACAUGUAAUAAUGUGUCAAAAAUACACUGUGACAUUGAAAGAGGACUUUGAAAAGUUAUAGCGUUAAACCAACAAGGUAGUAUAAUAAUAAUAAUAACACUAUGUAACACAAUUUUUGUUCCUGGGUAGUAAGUGUUAUUUCCU